GUAAGAUAACCACCGAGGGUUGAAUAUCAAUCUAAUUAGGCCACAGAACGGCGUUCGAUCUCAUGCUAGAUCCUUGCUACCAAAAUCCUGCAACCUACCGGUUCAGAUGAUGCCCCCAAUUGUUGAAACAUGUGCGGACAAUCCACUGCCAGAGAUCGACGAAGAGGUCGUCGACGCAUUGCGACUCCUAGAUUCAUUCAAUCAUGGUCCUUGUCGGAAUAUGCAACCUGAAGAGAAGAAGCUGCUCUACAUAAGUGUAUUCGAGGGAUACUGGAGAGAGGCUUUUGAAGAACUUGACUUGGACGAAGCUUUUGAGGUCUGGAAGCGAUUCAAGGAGAACAGACUCUACUAUGAUUUGGGGAUCCCAAUGACGGAAAUUUAUCAAACAAUAAAUUCUGUCCGGAUAGGUGAACACAAAAGGAGAAAGUUGAAAGCUAUUUUGGUCUUAGGCCAUGCUAUAACGUUAAAAUACGGGGAAAAGGAUUGCUGUUGAAGAAAUGUAUAUAUUCAUAACAAG